AUGUCUGUCAUCGAGCGUGUACGCGAGCAGCAUCCCGCACUCAAGCUCCGCGGCCUCACUAGGAAUCCUGACUCCUUAGCCUCCCAGCUCCUGAAGGCGAAGGGUGUGGAGAUGGUAGCCGCAGAUAUGAGCGACGAAGAGUCUCUCGUGGCAGCGUUCAAGGGAGCCACAGCCAUUUUCGCUAUGACAGACUUUUGGAAGCCUUUUUUUGCACACCUAUCGUCUGGGCACCCUGACCCGUGGGUCGUCUCGGAGACCGAGGAGGUCGACAAGGGAAAGAAAAUUGCUCAGGCUGCCGCGACAACUCUGUCGACGCUGACGCAUUUCAUCUUCUCAUCACUCCCGGAUCCAGUACGAUCGUCUGGUGGUCGCAUACGAACUCUAGCCCACAUCAAUGGGAAGGCAAAGAUCUCUCAAUAUAUCGAGAACCUGAGCCCAGAUCCGGAAGGAAGGAAACUUGCUGAUGUGACGAUCAGCUUGUGGUGUGGCUACUUCAUGGAGAAUUACAUCGAGUUCGACAUCAACAAGCCAAGGAAGCGCGCUGAUGGCGCCUUCGUUAUCUCGAACCCGGCAAAUCCAUCCAUACCCAUUCCCCAUCUUGCAGCCCGUAACGAUGUGGGACUCUUCGUGUCUGCAUUGCUCAACCACCCUCCACAAUCAUUGAAGGGAAAACCAGUAGUAGCUGCGUCGACAACUCUAACCUACAAAGAAGCUGCGGCAAACUUUUCAAAAGUUUGUGGCUACAAAGUCAAGUAUGAGCAGAUGCCAGCGGGCCAGUUGACCAGGUCCCUGCCGGGGAUUGGGGCGGUAUUCGAAGACAUGUUCAAUUAUCUCAACGAUUUUGGCUUUUGGGGAAACAUGGAGACUCUUAAUGCUGACGAUAUCCAAGUCAAGGGGAAUCUGACGACCUUUGAAGACUUCGUCCGUCAACACGACUGGGCACGCUUCUUUGCAGACCCAGAAUGA